AUGUCAUCUCUCUUUAAAUAUUCUGCGGUCCUGCGAACCACCAAGAUGUGUGAGCAUCAUCACAGAUUGAAGAGAGAGAAGAAGAAGAUGUUCAAGCAUGAGAAGACAGAUCACAAGACAUGUUAUAAUGCCUUGAAGAGGCUCUGUAAGAGACAGAAGCUGAUAGAGAAGAAGGGAAUUGAGGCCUUGUUCAGGUCUCAAAUGCGCUUCAUGAUUCAGAACAUUGAGAAGACAGCUCUGCUCUCUGAGCAUAUCAAUCUGCUUACUGCUGAGGUGGAACCUGAGACAGCAGAUCAGAAAAUGUGGGAUUUUGAGAUACAGGUUGACCUGGCUGAGAGAGAGCAGCAGAAACCCUUCUCUAAGAAGGCAGUGAAGGAAGAUUUUGAGAUGAUUAUCAUCUCAGAUGAGAAGAAGAAGAAGAAGAAGAAGAAGAAGAAGAAGAAGAAUGAGAAGUGA